CUUUUCUCUCUCUGUGGCACCACCAAACAGAUCGAUCGAUUGCUUCUCUCCAUCGCACCUCUUCUUAGUUCUCAAAGAUCGAUUGGUUUCUUUUGCCUGCAUUUCAAAUCGAUUUCAUCAACAACUAGCUUCAUCCCUAGCCGCCGAGUUGCCGACGACUCCACCGCAAGCACGCCGCAGUUUGACCAGGUGUGAAUCUAAUCUCCAACAAUAAAUCUGCCACUUUAAUGGCAGAUUUAUUCCGCCUGAGUUAACACAGUGGUGACGGUACUCAGAGAAUGGUGGCGGCGGUGGAUGACGACUCCGGUCAGAUGGUGAUUGCGGCAACGCUGGUGAGAGGUGGUGGCGGCGACGCUGGUGAUGGAUGGUGACGAACGCCGGCAAGGAUGCGGCGGCAGGCGGCGAUGGCGGCGGCGGCGGCGGCGAUGGCGGCGGCGGCGGCGAUAGGUGGUGGCAGGUUGCGCCGGCGUGGGGUGGCAGGCAACAGUUUGGCUCGGGCAACGACAGUGCUACUGCUAGGAUUUCACAAAUCUUUUAUUUUACACUUUUGAAAUUUUUAAAGUUAAAAGAGGGGUAGUUUUGUCCAAAGGAAAAGUAUGGCGAAUUCGAGGAAGCUUUAGCCAACAAUUCGUCAAAAUCUGUUCGCAGGGAUCAUCCGCCUACUAUCCAGGUUUGAUUCUGAUCAUACAUGCUCCAUUGAUUUUAGGCAAGGUUGGCAUCGUCAGGCCACAUCUGAUGUUAUUGCAGAGCUUAUUAAACACCGAUAUGCAGAUGCAUCUCGAAAACUGUAUGCUCCUAUUGACAUUAUUGUCGACAUGAAUAGAGAUUAUGGUGUGAUGCUUCCUUACAAAAAAGCAUGGAAUGCUAACAAAAAGGCUCAGAAAAAUUUAAUGGGAUCAGAUGAGAAGUCUUACCAGCUUAUGCCAUCCAUUACGCAUGUUCUAGAAAAAAAUCCAGGCUCGAAGAUCUCACUUAUUAUUGAUGAUCAUGAUCGUUUUAAGUAUUUUUUUUCAUGCCAUUACAUCCACUGUUUGAAGGUUGGAAACACUGUGUUCCAGUCCUUAUUAUUGAUGGUUCUUUCAUGAAGUCUUAUUAUAAAGGCACCUUAUUAACAACAUGCGCUCAGGACACUAAUGACCAGAUAUUCUCGUUGGCUUUUGGUAUGUGUGACAUUGAACGAAAGGACACGUGGCUUUGGUUUUUUAAGAUGCUCAAGGAAACUCUUGCUCAUAGAGAUGACUUAUUUAUUGUCUCAGAUCGUCAUGCGGGGAUUAUUCAUGCAGCAAGGGUAGUUUUUCCACACGCUGAACAUGGAUACUGUGUUCAACACAUUUUAGGCAACAUUA